CAGACGUAAAUUAGGUGACCCAUCAGUCAGAUAAGAUUUGUCCAUAAUGAGAUUUUUGGGCGCUUUAAUUGGAUUCCUUUUGAUUGGCUUGGCCCACAGCUAUCCACAAUUAAUUUGGGAUAAUCAAUUUCCAUUUGGUUUCGACUCAAGUUCUGUGGCCCCCACAACAGCAACACCUCCAUCCACAGCAACGGCUAGUGCUUUGUCGCCACGUUAUUUUGCCUGUCUGCAAUCCUGUCCAGCAACUAGUGAAUAUAAUCCCAUAUGUGGCACUGAUAAUGUUAGCUAUUACAAUGGAGCCAAAUUCAAUUGUGCCGUACAAUGCGGCAAUAAUAUCCAACGUCUGAAUUCUGGUGCUUGUCCCUCGCUUGGUUAAUUAAUGGAUAGAUGGAUGAAUGGAUGUAUGGAUGGCCUCGCAUUGAGAGCUUGAAAAUGAACUAAGCUAAAGCUAAUCUUGGGGAUUUUAAUUGCUGCUCUCACAUUGAUGACGUCAACCUGAGAAUAUAAAUCUGAAUAAACAAGAAAAUUAAGACAAACACACAUAAAGAAAAAACAAA